GUCGCUGAAUAAAUUCAAUUGUUCGAUUCUGAGUUCGACUUGAUUAACGAGGGAACUAUAUUUGAGUUUUAUAAGGAUCGAUAGCUUACAAACGUUGAUGCAUCAUUUACAUUCGUACCCUCAAUUUUUUCCCUUCUUGGGGGUUUCUCUCUCUUUGUCUUUGUCUUUUUUAAUUAAUUUAUUAUUAUUAUUAUUUUUUUACAUUUCUCCAAUGAAGAACCGCUUUUUGUUUUUCGUUUAGGUUUUGUUGUUCAGAAUUCCCAACGUGAAAGUCUCGCAGUUUGGCAAUACCUCGAAAUCGAACAUACCACACCACCACUUUAGUUCUUAGACUGCGUAGAAUAAUUUGGUUCCAAUUUGGUGAAAAAGAGUGAUGCACUGAGCAAUGGCGCUUAAGGUUUCAGCUCCAAAGGCGGCUGAGAUUGCCAUUGGGUCCAUUGGAUGUGGAUAUGAUAUUGGAAUGGAUCUUAGGCUGAAGUAUUGUAAAGGGGAUUCAAAAGAUUCAUGUCUUAUUGAGAUUGGUGAAGAUGGAGGCCGUGAGAUUGUUUUGCCCGGUGGAAUUUCAAUAGCCAACGUGUCCAAGUCAAUAAAAUGUGAUAAAGGUGAGCGCAUACGAUUCAGGUCUGAUGUUCUCUCCUUCCAACAGAUGUCAGAGCAGUUCAACCAAGAAAUAUCUUUGUCUGGAAAAAUACCAUCAUGCCUCUUCAAUUCCAUGUUUGAAUUCUCUGGUUGUUGGCAAAAAGAUGCCGCUAAUACUAAGAUGCUUGCUUUUGAUGGGGUGUUCAUCACCCUCUACUCAGUUGCACUGGAGAAAUCUCAAAUGGUGCUACGAGAUCAUGUCAAGAAAGCAGUCCCAUCUACAUGGGAACCUGCAGCAUUGGCAAGGUUUAUUGACACAUAUGGCACCCAUAUUAUUGUUGGUGUGAAGAUGGGAGGGAAGGAUGUUAUAAUAAAACAGCAGCAUUCCUCAAAUCUUCAACCUGCUGACAUCCAGAAAAGAUUGAAGGAUAUGGCUGAUAAGAGGUUUUUAGAUGCCAAUGGAUAUUAUAACAUGGAGUCUGAGCAAGAUUUCCAGAGUGACAAGUUUGAAAUCAGGGAGCAGCGGCUAAGGUUUGCUCAUAACUGUCCAUCAAGUUCAUAUGCACAUAAAGAGGAUAUUGUAAUCAUUUACAAAAGGAGAGGUGGAAGUGAUAAUAGAAACCUAUCUCAUAAUGACUGGUUACAAACGGUUCAGUCAGAGCCGGAUGUGAUCUCAAUGUCCUUUAUCCCAAUUACUUCUCUGUUGAAUGGAAUUCCGGGUAGUGGAUUUCUGAGCCAUGCCAUAAAUCUGUAUUUGCGAUAUAAACCACCAAUUGAAGAACUCCACCAGUUUUUGGAAUUUCAGCUUCCAAGACAGUGGGCACCAGUUUUUGGUGAACUUCCUCUGGGUCCACAACGAAAACAGCAAAGCACUGCAUCUUUACAAUUCAGCUUCAUGGGGCCCAAGCUUUUUGUGAACGCUACUCCGGUUGAUGUGGGUAAGAGGCCAGUGACUGGCCUCCGACUUUAUCUAGAAGGUAGAAGGAGCAACCGCUUGGCCAUCCACUUGCAGCACCUUUCCUCCCUUCCAAAAUCCUUCCAACUUUUAGAUGAUCCAAAUGGGAACUUCUGCCAAGAGUCUCAUGAUCGUAAAUACUAUGAGAAAGUUUAUUGGAAGAACUACUCUCAUGUAUGUACUGCUCCUAUCGAAUCUGAUGAAGAUCUUUCCAUAGUAACUGGAGCCCGAUUGCAGGUUGAGAAUCAUGGUUUUAAAAAUAUUCUCUUUUUACGGCUAGGCUUCUCGGCUGCAUUGGGAGCUAUGUCUGUUAAGCAUCCAGAAUGGGAUGGAUCGCCUGGGUUGGCACCAAAGUCAGGACUCAUAUCCACACUAAUCAGUCAUCACUUCACAACGGUCCAGAAGCCACCUCCAAGGCCAGCUGAUGUGAAUAUAAACUCUGCUGUUUAUCCUGGAGGCCCCCCUGUGCCUGUUCAAGCCCCCAAGCUUUUCAAAUUCGUAGAUACAACAGAGAUGACAAGAGGGCCACAAGAAAUCCCUGGGUAUUGGGUCGUUUUUGGGGCAAGAUUAGUUGUUGAGAAGGGAAGGAUCUCACUCCGGGUCAAGUAUUCUUUACUGACUGCAAUAAUACCUAAUGAUGAAGGCAUAGAGGAGCACUAGCCGGUUUUUCUCACCCCGUAU